CUUCUACUCCCAUCACUACUAGUAAUCCUGAAACCUUUCAUAGCGUCCGCAACCUCUCCAUCUUAUCCCCUCCAUCCCAAUUUUCAACCUCUCUCACACCCCAACCCCCAGACAACAGUCUCGAGUCUCAGCCAUGGCCUCCACUCUCUUCUCCACACCCACCUUCAACGGCCUCCGCCCUCUCAAGCCCACCGACUCCUCCCUCUCCUUCCCCAAAAAAGCCAGCCUCGCCCUCUCCGCCCGGCCGGUCCGGCCCAGCGCCAAACCGGGUCUGGUAGUCAAGGCCGAGCUGAACCCGUCCCUGGUGAUCAGCCUCAGCACCGGCCUGUCCCUGUUUCUCGGCCGGUUCGUCUUCUUCAACUUCCAGAGGGAGAACGUGGCCAAACAGGGGCUCCCGGAGCAGAACGGGAAGACCCACUUCGAGGCCGGAGACACCCGGGCCAAGGAGUUCGAGGCUCUUCUCAAGUCCAACGACCCGGUCGGUUUCAACAUCGUCGACGUCCUUGCAUGGGGUUCCAUCGGCCACAUAGUGGCUUACUACAUCCUCGCCACCUCCAGCAACGGCUACGAUCCCAAGUUCUUCUGAGUUGGAAUUCGCUGGGGGUUUUGGACACGGUUAUCGUUGUACAUUAAUUUUGACGGUUUGAUGGUUUUUAUCAUGGAAUGUUUGGGCUGGGUGUUGUGGGGUUGUGAUGAUGGGUGGGGGAUCAAUUGUAUUAUUUGUACGCCGAAGGUGGCUUCUUAUCAAUCAAAUAUGCUUUGCUCUCAAAACU